AAAUUAUGGUCGCUUGUGCAGAUUUUCAGCUCAAAAGACGAAGGAAAUGGUGAUCCCGAAAGGAAGAAAUCAAAGGGCGACGAAGCCAAGGAGUUGUUAGCAAAAUAUGGAGGAGCUUAUCUGGCCACCUCUAUCACUCUGUCUCUGAUCUCAUUCGCUCUGUGCUAUGCACUAAUCAGUGCGGGCAUUGAUGUCCAAGCGCUGUUACAUAAGGUGGGAAUCUCAAUUGAUGAGACAGGGGAGCGAGUUGGAACCUUUGCUUGGGCAUAUGCUGCGCACAAGGCUGCAUCUCCUAUUAGGUUUCCUCCAACAGUGGCUCUUACACCUAUUGUUGCUGGUUGGAUUGGAAAGAAGUAGACAAGGAUAAGUAGUUCGUAUAGGAGCUCUGAGAUCCAACCUUGUUUUGUUUCUAUCAUAUGCUUCUUUUAUUUAUGUUCUCAUGUGAACGUUCGUCUUUACACGCUUAAACAAAGUAAUGAAAAUAAUUUUAAAUAGUUGUACUCUAAAUCAACCAGCUGCAGGCUCCAUCGUUGUGGCAUUUAUAUGUAAAUGCAGAAAGCAGAAGUAAUGAUACAGGAAAUAUUGAACUUUUGAUU